UAUAUAUAUCUCUACUCUGCUCGGCGGUCAGUCAGUGGGCUCUAAUCGAAUCGAAUCGAAUCUAACCCCGGCCGCAACAGGCAGGACGACGUUCUCCAUUGAUGCUGAUUUUCUGUCUCCUCUCCUUUGGAGCACAUUGAAGAAGAAUUAGGGUGAUGGCGUCCAUGCUCGCUUUAUUCUUUUCCUUCCUGAUUUUGCUAACUCCAUCCCCCUCUCACUCCGCAGUUUCCAGCAUAGAUCUGGGAUCAGAAUGGCUUAAAGUUGCUGUCGUCAAUCUUAAGCCAGGCCAGAGUCCUAUUUCAAUUGCGAUCAACGAAAUGUCCAAGCGAAAGUCUCCGGCCCUGGUCGCUUUUCAAGCCGGCAACCGCCUACUUGCUGAAGAAGCUGCCGGCGUCAUUGCACGAUAUCCCGAGAAAGUAUUUUCUCAAGUUCGAGAUUUCAUUGGGAAACCCUUUGGCUACGUCAACAAUUCUCUCGACGCGGCUUACCUUCCGUUCGAUAUCGUUCAGGAUUCUAGAGGUGCCGCCAGCUUCCGAAUCGAUGAUGGCGUCACCGUUUACUCUGCUGAAGAAUUGGCUGCCAUGGUCUUAGGAUAUGCUUCCGAUUUGGCGGAGCUUCAUGCCAAGGCGCCUGUCAAGGAUGCCGUGAUAACUGUCCCGCCCUACUUUGGACAGGCCGAGAGGAAGGGUUUGCUACAGGCAGCUCACCUGGCUGGUAUUAACGUCCUCUCUCUCGUAAACGAGCAUUCUGGUGCUGCACUGCAGUAUGGUAUUGACAAGGAUUUCUCCAACGGCUCCAGACAUGUUGUAUUUUACGAUAUGGGCUCAAGCAGCACCUAUGCUGCUUUGGUAUAUUUUUCUGCAUAUAAUGCCAAGGAGUACGGAAAGACAGUUUCAGUUAACCAAUUCCAGGUCAAGGAUGUCAGAUGGGAGUCUCAACUUGGGGGUCAGAAUAUGGAAAUGCGGUUGGUGGAAUUCUUUGCAGAUGAGUUCAACAAACAAGUUGGUAAAGGAAUUGAUGUGAGAAAGUCCCCCAAGGCAAUGGCAAAACUGAAGAAACAGGUUAAGCGCACAAAAGAAAUUUUGAGUGCCAACACUGGGGCUCCAAUCUCAGUUGAAUCUUUGCACGACGACCGUGACUUUAGGAGCACAAUCACACGUGAGAAAUUUGAGGAGCUCUGCAAGGAUUUGUGGGAGAAAUCACUUAACCCUGUUAAGGAAGUCCUUAAGCAUUCUGGUCUAAAAAUUGACGAUAUAUAUGCCUUUGAACUGAUUGGAGGUGCCACAAGAGUGCCAAAGCUUCAGGCUAAACUCCAGGAGUUCCUUGGGAGGAAAGACCUAGACAGACACUUGGAUGCUGAUGAAGCCAUUGUUCUAGGUGCUUCAUUACAUGCAGCAAACAUAAGCGAUGGGAUCAAAUUAAACAGAAAGCUUGGAAUGGUUGAUGGUUCCACAUAUGGAUUUGUAGUUGAGCUAGAUGGUCCUGAUCUCAAAAAAGAUGAAGGCAGUAGGCAACAGAUUGUUCAGAAGAUGAAAAAGUUACCCAGUAAGAUGUUUAGGUCCAUUGUGCAUGACAAGGAUUUUGAUGUUUCCCUUGCUUAUGACGGUGUAGAUCUAUUGCCUCCUGGUACCCUCUCGUCUACUUUUGCACAGUAUGUUGUCACUGGUCUGAAAGAUGCUAGUGAAAAAUAUGCUUCGCGUAACCUUUCCUCCCCCAUCAAGGCCAAUCUUCAUUUCUCUCUCAGUAGAAGUGGAAUAUUAUCUUUUGAUCGAGCAGAGGCAGUUAUUGAAAUAUCAGAGUGGGUUGAAGUUCCAAAAAAGAAUAUCAUCUUGGAGAACAAUACCACUACUUCCAACGAAACACUUGAAGCAGGUCCCAAGAAUAGUACUACAGAAGAGAUAGAUGUAAACUUGCAGACAGACAGUGAGGGUAGCAGUUCAUCUACAGCUAAUGUAGACCAGAACACCACUGACAUUGCUACUGAAAAGAAAUUGAAGAAGAAGACAUUCAGACUUCCCCUUAAGAUUACUGAGAAAACAAUGGGGCCAGGAGUGUCUCUUUCAAAAGAAGCCCUUGCUGAUGCUAAAAGAAAAAUGGAAUUGCUAGAUAAUGAGGACAAAGAGCGAAGGAGAACUGCAGAGCUGAAGAAUAAUCUUGAAGCCUACAUAUAUGCUACUAAGGAGAAGCUUGAGUCAUCUGAAGAAUUUGAAAAAAUAUCUUCCAAGGAUGAGCGUAAAUCCUUUAUGGAGAAACUUGAUGAGGUUCAAGAUUGGUUGUACACUGAUGGUGAAGAUGCUUCUGCAACUGAAUUUCAGAAACAUUUAGAUUCAUUGAAAGCUAUUGGUGAACCCAUAUUUUCCAGAUAUAGUGAGCUUACUGCACGACCAGCUGCAUCUAAGCUUGCUCGAAAGUAUCUUGACGAGGUGCAAGAGAUAGUGCGUGGGUGGGAGAAAAAUAAAUCCUGGCUUCCAAGAGAAAGAAUAGACGAGGUUGUGAAAGAUGCUGAAAAGCUCAAGAAGUGGUUGAAUGAGAAAGAGGUGGAGCAAAAGAAGACAUCUGCUUUUAGCACACCGGCCUUCAGAUCAGAGGAAGUUUAUAAGAAGGUGGUUGAUCUUCAAGACAAGGUUUUGAGUGUAAACAGAAUAUCAAAGCCAAAGCCAAAGGUGGAGAAGCCAGCUAAGAACGAAACUGCUGCUAGUGAUGAAGAUGCUAGCUCGGAGGGGACCACUACUAAGUCAGAAAAUAAGAGUGAAAAAGAAUCCGACAGCCCUCCUUCUGAUGACAAGAAGAAAUCGGAUGAUGGUCGUGACGAACUAUAAGUGCAGGGCAUGUGGAAUUUGAUGAGCAGUCAGGCUACUAGGGAUAUAAAACAUUAAUUAAAUUUAUAUAGGUCACUUUGAAAGAGACCGACCACUUAUAUAAUAUAUAUGAUUUGUGAUAGGUUCAGAAUUGAUAUCCCCCUUCAACCCACAAUAUUUGUACCAUUUUGUAGGAGCGGAGCACCCCACCCCAUAUGCCAGACGGAUAGAUUUUUGUUUUCCCUUUCUCAACUCGGUUAAAGAAUUUUGAUAAUUUGUCUUUAUUGUCGAAAAAAAUAAUUACAUAACAUUUCAGA